CGGCGCCGCCUCGCCAUGGACGCGCGCGGGGGCGGCGGGCGGCCCGGGGACAGCCCGGGCGCGACCCCCGCGCCGGGGCCGCCACCGCCGCCCGCGCCCACCCAGCAGCAGCAGCCGCCGCCGCCGCCGCCCGCGCCGCCCCCGGGCCCCGCGCCCCCAGCGCAACCCGCCCGGCCCGAGCCCGCGGGCCCCGAGGCGGCGGACGAGGGCGGCCCGCCGCGCGCCCGGCUCCGUAGCCGCGACAGCUCGUGCGGUCGGCCGAGCACCCCCGGAGCCACCAGCGCGGCCAAGGGCAGCCCGAACGGCGAGUGCGGGCGCGGCGAGCCGCAGUGCAGCCCCGCGGGGCCCGAGGGCCCGGCGCGCGGCCCCAAGGUGUCGUUCUCGUGCCGCGGGGCGGCCUCGGGGCCCGCGGCGGGGUCGGGGCCGGCGGACGAAACGGGCAGCGAGGAGGCGGGCCCGACCGCGGAGCCGCGCGGCAGCCAGGCCAGCUUCAUGCAGCGCCAGUUCGGCGCGCUCCUGCAGCCGGGCGUCAACAAGUUCUCGCUGCGGAUGUUCGGCAGCCAGAAGGCGGUGGAGCGCGAGCAGGAGCGCGUCAAGUCGGCGGGGGCCUGGAUCAUUCACCCGUACAGCGACUUCAGGUUCUACUGGGACUUCACCAUGCUGCUCUUCAUGGUGGGCAACCUCAUCAUCAUCCCGGUGGGCAUCACCUUCUUCAAGGACGAGACCACGGCGCCCUGGAUCGUGUUCAACGUGGUCUCGGACACCUUCUUCCUGCUGGACCUGGCGCUCAACUUCCGCACGGGCAUCGUGGUGGAGGACAAUACGGAGAUCAUCCUGGACCCGGAGAAGAUCAAGCGCAAGUACCUGCGCACGUGGUUCGUGGUGGACUUCGUGUCCUCCAUCCCCGUCGACUACAUCUUCCUCAUCGUGGAGAAGGGCAUCGACUCCGAGGUCUACAAGACGGCGCGCGCGCUGCGCAUCGUGCGCUUCACCAAGAUCCUCAGCCUGCUGCGCCUGCUGCGCCUGUCGCGGCUCAUCCGCUACAUCCACCAGUGGGAGGAGAUCUUCCACAUGACCUACGACCUGGCGAGCGCGGUGAUGCGCAUUUGUAACCUCAUCAGCAUGAUGCUGCUGCUGUGCCACUGGGACGGCUGCCUGCAGUUCCUGGUGCCCAUGCUGCAGGACUUCCCGCACGACUGCUGGGUGUCCAUCAACAAGAUGGUGAACCACUCGUGGAGCGAGCUCUACUCCUUCGCACUAUUCAAGGCCAUGAGUCACAUGUUGUGCAUUGGCUACGGCCGGCAGGCCCCCGAGAGCAUGACGGACAUCUGGUUGACCAUGCUCAGUAUGAUCGUGGGUGCCACCUGCUACGCCAUGUUCAUCGGCCACGCCACCGCCCUCAUCCAGUCCCUGGACUCCUCGAGGCGCCAGUACCAGGAGAAGUACAAGCAGGUGGAGCAAUACAUGUCCUUCCACAAGCUGCCGGCUGACUUCCGGCAGCGGAUCCAUGACUACUACGAACACCGCUACCAGGGCAAGAUGUUUGACGAGGACAGCAUCCUGGGCGAGCUGAGCGGGCCGCUGCGGGAGGAGAUUGUCAACUUCAACUGCCGCAAGCUCGUGGCCUCCAUGCCACUGUUUGCCAACGCUGACCCCAACUUUGUGACGGCCAUGCUGACCAAGCUCAAGUUCGAGGUCUUCCAGCCCGGGGACUACAUCAUCCGGGAGGGCACCAUCGGCAAGAAGAUGUACUUCAUCCAGCACGGCGUCGUGAGCGUGCUCGCCAAGGGCAACAAGGAGAUGAAGCUAUCAGACGGCUCCUACUUCGGGGAGAUCUGCCUGCUGACCCGGGGCCGGCGCACAGCCAGCGUGCGGGCCGACACCUACUGCCGCCUAUACUCGCUCAGCGUGGACCACUUCAAUGAGGUGCUGGAGGAGUACCCCAUGAUGCGGCGGGCCUUCGAGACCGUGGCCAUCGACCGCCUGGACCGCAUCGGCAAGAAGAACUCGAUGCUCUUGCACAAGGUGCAGCACGACCUCCACUCGGGCGUGUUCAACAACCAGGAGAACGCCAUCAUCCAGGAGAUCGUCAAGUACGACCGCGAGAUGGCGCAGCGCGCCGAGCUGGCCCAGCGCGGCCUCUUCCCGCCGCCGCCGCCGCCGCAGGUCACGUCGGCCAUCGCCACGCUGCAGCAGGCCGUGGCCAUGAGCUUCUGCCCGCAGGUGGCGCGGCCGCUCGUGGGCCCCUUGGCGCUGGCCUCCCCGCGCCUCGCGCCCCCGCCGCCCGCCGCCAGCCCCCCGGGCGCCCCGCGGACCAGCUCCCCGGCCGCUCCCCGCGCCGCCGGCCCCGCGCUGCCCGCACGCCGCCUCAGCCGCGCCUCUCGCCCUCUCUCGGCCUCGCAGCCCUCGCUGCCCCACGGCGCGCCCGGGCCUCCCGUGGCCGAGGCGGCGCGCGCGGCCAGCAGCUCCACGCCGCGCCUGGGCCCCGCGCCUUCCACGCGCGCCGUCACCGCCGCGCCCAGCCCGGAGCGCAGGGACUCGGCCUCGCCCGGGGGCGGCCUCGAACCCCUGGACUCCGCCGCCGCCGCCGCCGCGCGCUCGCGCCUCUCGUCCAACUUGUGA